UAUGGCCAACCUUGAUUAUGUCGAGUGGUAUUUUGUUUCCUAUCGCAUAAAAUUGGAGGGCACGGGAAGUACGACACGUGGUCGUCGUUUCAUUGUGCACUUCAAAAAUAGACAAGUGGAAUAUUUGGAUGGUUCCUCUAAAAACGUGCGGUGCGUGUGUGGUAGGUAUGGAAGAAUCCAGAAUAUUUCAUUAUAAACCUAAAGAUGGUAAUCUAGCCGAUGUAAGUUUUCCCAUAAGUCUUCCAAAUUCGGAAUCACUACGAGAGUUGUCUCGAAUUUUGUUACUUAAAAACAAUUUACCCAUUUAUGCAACUGUAGACUUAACGGAACAGUUAUGUGAAUUUAUCAAAGAGUUGAAUUUAAAGUACUACGAUGAGAGAACCACAAAGUUAUUACAAGAGUUUAAAAACCUUCCAGUUAUUGAGGACACUACCAAAGAGUGGGAUAAGUUAAUAAAAGAGGAAACUGUAGAGUAUGGAGAUCGUAGGUGUGCUUCUGAUGAGGAGUUAUUUGCCACAGCUUAUCACAAGUUGGUGCAUUCCCCUGCACUUGAAACUAUGCUUCAGCUGGAGUGCAUGUAUGCCAUCUCAGUUAGAGAACGUGUCAAUGAAAAGGAUUUUCAAAUUAAAAACUUAUCUGAGAAGCAAACUGAAGAAAUGAGUCAAGCAGUUGAUCAGCUAGAGGUUGGAAUUACCGAAUUGGAAAUAAAUGAAAUGGCUACUCGACAUUUUGAAGAUCAAAGUUUUUUACGUGUGCAACUCACCAGUGAAUUAGAAACAAUAAAGGAGACACAGCGGAGGGAAUACAGAGAGUGGUUGAUGCAAAUGUUAGAAGAAAGUCAAGCAAGCAAUUCUUUAUUACUGUCUAAAACGUCUCCAUCAAUAUCAAGUAUACCAAGUCCAUUGUUUAGUAAUGUACGUCAGAACCAAAACCAACAUCAAACGUCGAUUUUAGAGGAAAGUUUCACUAUACAUUUAGGUUCGCAAUUGAAACAAAUGCAUAAUAUUCGAAUACUCUCGGCUGAUGUAAUGGAUUUAUGUGCCAUACAAGAAAAUGAAGAAUUAGCUGAUACAACGCCUCAGUUGCUGCAGACUGCUUUAGGAUUGUAUUCCAACGAUUUGUGUGGAUUAGUUCUCAUGACUGAUAAUGUUAUUGGAUCACGACUUUGUAAAGAAUUUACUGAAAUUUGUCAACGAACGACAGAGUUUCAUUUUCCUUACAUUGACGAUCAACUGGAACGUGUAUCAUCCACUGUACAAAAAUAUCAAACGGACAACACUGCAAAGAUUGCAAACAGUAAGCAUUUACAACCAGGAGAUGUAUACAUUACAAGACAUUCCAACUUGGCCCAAGUUCAUGUGAUAUUUCAUAUGGUAUCUGACGAUAGUUUAUACGGAAACGAUAUCAACAGCCGCCACCCAGUGGUUUUGGGUCUCAGAAAUAUACUCAAAUCGGCUUGUUCUAAUGAUGUCACUUUCCUCACAAUUCCUCUUUUACUACAAUAUGAAAUGUCGGAGGGAAUGACUGUUACAUGGUGCACAAAGAGAGCUGAACUCGUCUUUAAAUGUGUCAAAGGAUUUAUGAUUGAAAUGGCGUCUUGGGGAGGAUCAGAUUUAAAAAAUUUACAAUUUCUUUUGCCAAAGGGAAUAUCCAGCGACGUAUUUCAAUCAUUAACUACUAUGUUGCCUAAUAUAUUCAAAGUUUCCAACCCCUUGAUCUUGAAAUCAAACUCGUAAUAAUGAUUGCUGCAAUUGGAAAAAAAUGUUUGCACGCUGUUUUUAGCUAAUUCACUUGUAAUAAAGUAUCUAUUA